AUGACUGAAAAGACUGAUUUCGAAGACUCUCGCCCUCGACCUUGGCCUUUGCUUCGGCUCGUCCUUGAUCAAGCUCGAGUGACUCAGGAAGUCCUCAAAUUCCCCUAUCCAGGGUCGGGAACGGAUGAUGAUCCCUAUAUUGUCAGCUACAUCCCUCACGAUACCGGCAAUCCCUACAACUGGGGGAACCGCUCCCGGUGGACCAUCAGUUGGAUCGUAGCAUUUGAAAUGUUAGCUACGGCUUUUGCUUCGAGUGCUUUCAGUGGAACUCUUCGCGAGCUCAUCAUCGACCUGCACGCCAGCACCGAAUUAAUUACGGCGGGAAUAUCACUUUUCGUCCUGGGUUUUGCUCUUGGACCGCUGCUUUGGGCCCCAUUGUCAGAGAUCUACGGCCGCCAGGUUAUCUUCUUCAUCAGCUUCUGCGGAUUCACGGCAUUUUGUGCUGGUUGCGCCGGGGCUAACAGCAUCGGAUCUCUUCUCGUGUUGCGAUUCUUUGCUGGUGCGUUCGGCUCUUCUCCAUUCACCAAUGCUGGAGGUGUCAUUGCCGAUAUCUUCAAUGCUCAGGAUAGAGGGCUGGCACUAGGGAUCUUUGCACUGGCACCUUGUAUGGGCCCUACCUUGGGCCCAUUCUGCGCGGGUUUCUUAGGUGAAAAUCAAGGCUGGAGAUGGGUCAUGGGCUUACUCGCAAUCUUCUCCGGCGUCCUCUGGAUUAUUGGAACUCUCUUUGUGCCCGAGACUUAUGCUCCAGUCCUGCUACGACGACGGAUACGUGUGCUCUCGAAUAUGACCGGAAAAGUCUAUAUAUUGGAGGCAGACAAGGAGAAAGGUCCUCCUUCACCCAAGACCCUGCUGUCAACUGCACUGAUUCGUCCGUGGAUCUUGCUGUUCCGAGAACCGAUUGUUCUGCUGUUGUCGCUUUACAUCGCCAUCAUCUAUGGAACUCUAUAUCUUCUCUUCGGUGCCUACCCGAUUGUAUUCCAGGAGAAACGCGGCUGGUCCGAAGGUAUCGGCGGCCUCCCCUUUCUCGGUGUGGCGUUUGGGAUGGUUAUGGGAAUUGGAUUUUGUGGCUACACGAACAAAUGGUACACCAACGAAGCUGCCGAAAAGGGGGGAAUUGCGCCAGCGGAAGCCCGGCUACCUCCUUCAAUGUACGGCGCCAUCGCGAUCCCAGUCGGAUUGUUUUGGUUUGCAUGGACAAACUACGUUUCCAUACACUGGAUCUCGCCUGUCCUCGCAGGGGCUCCAUUCGGAUUCGGAUUCACCAUUGUCUUCCUGGGCGUCACGAACUAUCUUAUUGAUUCGUACACCAUCUUCGCGGCGUCGGUGCUGGCCGCCAAUACGGUGCUGAGAUCACUGUUCGGUGCUGCCUUUCCACUCUUUACGCCUGACAUGUUCGACGCCCUCGGGAUCCAUUGGGCAUCCUCGAUUCCGGCAUUCCUGGCUCUAGCCUGUGUCCCAUUCCCAUUCAUCUUUUACAAAUACGGGGCCCGAAUCCGCGCCCGCUGCGUGUAUUCCGCGCAAGCCGAAGUCGUCAUGGCCGAACUUCGUGCCAAAUCCGCACGAGCAGCUAGUCAUCAAGCUAUCGUUACAUCCGGCCCAGAGCCAGGUCCCAGUUCUUCUGGGCCCUCGGUUGUUGAAGUCACUGAUCCUGAGAAACACGGAGAAUUGAGCGCUGGACCUCGAUUGGAACUUCUGAAGACCACCAAAUUGUCGGCGUCUGAAAAGGCAGUUCGAUCGCAGUCGUUGACACGCGUCCAGUCGAAAACUGGAAGUAUCAGCGAAGCAGCAAAGUACAACGCCAGUCCAUAUGACAUUGAUCGUGUGAACACGACGACGUCAUUGUCGGGGCUCGAUCUCAGUAGGGCCAGGACAAGAAGCUCCGCAGAUCGGUGA